ACAAAGCCAAUAAGUGUGAAAUUAUUUUCUCUUUUUCAUUCCAUUCACAGGUUGUGGUAACUGAUCCAAAAGAGAGUUAUGAUGUCUUUCAGAUAUAAACACAUUUUUGUCUGUGACCAAAAUGCUUCAACACUCUGAAUGUCUACCAAAUGCACAUUAAAUACAUACAGUUUAAAUGUGCAUGUGAAACUAUCAGCUUGAGCUCCACCAGCACAUUGCAGCUCUGUUUAAUGCAGUCAGCUGUGAUUUUUUUUUUUAUUGCUAAAUGUGGGAGGCUGUUUCUUAUAAGCACAAUGGCAUCAUUGACCUACUGACCGCUCUCUCCCUGGCGGUCAACCGCACAACAAACCCGUCAGGACCAAACCCCGGGGGUCUGUAGCGGGAUAUGCACAAUGACAGUCCCAUGGAGUUUCUGCCCGUCUUUUUAUUUCCUGCCUCUCCUCCUGACCCUGAAGCUGCCCGCUGCACACUCGGCUCCUGAUUUCUCCGCAUAUCUUCACACCAUUCUGAAAAACCACACGGCUCAUGCUUGCGAAGGAGAGACACUCGUCAUCCAGUGUCCCUCCAGGACGUCUGUGGCCGUCCUAUCAGCUUUCUAUGGACGCCGUGUUCCCAAUCAGCACUUAUGCCCAACUGCAAACACAAACACAACCGUGGAGGAGGACACAGAGUGCACUUCUCCAGUUGCUAUCGAGAAAGUGCUGUCAGAGUGUCAGGAUCGGCGGUCGUGUCACAUCCCGGUCUACAGUCCAGUGUUUGGGCAGGACCCCUGUCCGCUCACCACCAAGUACCUGCUGGUCUCCUACAAGUGCCGACCAGAGCAUCACCGCACACGACUGGUGUGUGAAAACGAGCGUCUGAGGCUGAUGUGUAAAAAUGAGACUGUCCUUGCCAUCUACUCUGCCACGUUUGGACACCUGCUGCACGGCAGCCCGCACUGUCCUCAGGAACCCGGAUCGCGCGCCGACAUGGAGUGUUUGUCUCCUUCGGCUCUGAGGAAGGUGUCACGCAGGUGUCACGGCAGAGCAAACUGUUCAGUAUUGGCGGAUACAAUAACCUUUGGGGACCCUUGUUUCCCCGGCACCAGGAAGCACCUGCGAGUGUCCUUCACUUGUGUGCCCCGCUAUCUUCUGGAAGAUGUGGGUCGAGGGUCAACAGACCCUUUCAUGAUCUCAGACUACACACACGAUCUGCCGGAGCGAGUGGCUCUGUACUUUGUCUCCGGUAUUUGUGCUGGUCUGGUGUUCCUGCUCUGCCUGUUUGGCCUUCGCUCCACAAUAGUGAGAGAUGUUAAAGAUCUAGUUUCUGAUCUGAACGAUGAGCUGAAAGCAUCUCGCCGGCAGCGCAAGGAGCUCAUGGACGACCUCUUUGAUGAAGAACUCUCGGACACGUCGUCCUUCCGUCGCCUCACACAGUCCUACCGCACCACGGACGUCUUCAGUCCUUCAACUUUGACGGUUGAGAUGGUUGAUCGUGAGGUCGACCAGACAAGGGAUCUGUCCAACGGAGACAUUUGGCCACACCGGGACUCCAGCCCUUAUGCCAUUCACAAGAUUAAGACCUACAACAACUGAGAGAAGUCACACGUGUUAGAGAAGCUGCUACUAAAGCAUCCUUUUGCAUUAUUAAAAUACAAGUUACUGACCAAAAUCGCACAGAUGUUACUUUUAUUUUAAAUGGAAUUGUGUCUCCUUAACUGUGUCACCUAUGGUGGAGUGAGUCUAGUGAAAUGCUUGAGAUUAACAUCUGACAAUUGGUUGUUUUAUUUCAUUUUAAAUGUGAUUAUAUUUUAUGAAAUAACGGGGUAUUGGGCCAACGAUUCAGCUUCAGUUAGGUUACCAGUAUUUUGCUUCGAUUCGGUGUGGUUGGAUGUAAAAAUGUUGAGAUGAGUGUACUUUAAAAUCGAGACUGAAGACCUAUUAUAGAUACAAAUCCAAGCCUUUGAAUAUCUAAGCUGCACUCCACAUGUGUGGACCUCACAUUUUGGGUUAUAUUACCACAGUAGUG